AUGAGUGAGACUCACUCAUUGAAAAAUAGUCAUGAGAUCUACUGGUGUGAUUUAGACAAAGAAAAAUUUCUAAGUCUUUUAUUUGCAAGUUCGUUUGUGUCACGAACAUGUUUUCAUCCAUUAGGACUCAUAAAAGUUCGUUUACAAGCGAGAAAGACUGGUGAUAUUUCUACGUUAGGUAUCAUCAGAGAUAUUUGGCACAAUGAAAGAUUUCCACAAGGUUUCUAUCGAGGUUUUCCUAUUAGUCUUGGCAGUCUUUUCUUUGAACCAAUUUUUACAACAACACUUGAACAAACGAGAACAAUUCUGAAAAUGACUCAGCCUAAAUCUAUAUCUCAUUCUCAAUGGAAUAUUCUUACUAGUUUAAUAUCAAGUGGUGUUGCUACUUUGAUUUAUCAAACUCUUACAAGUAAAGAAGGCUUUAUCUGUUAUAUGCUUGGUAAAACAGGUUUAGCACGUUUGACAAACUGUUGGUCGACUGUAUUUGAAGUGAAGUCGUGGAGUAAUGUUCUAUGUGUUCAUAGAGAAGAAGAACAUCUUCGACGUUUUCUUGACAGACUUCUUAUUACUCAUAUCUAA